GAGUCUAAUCCAAGAUGGCGCCUCAAGAUACCUGGUUGAGUGAAUUUAAAACAGUUGAGAAGAAUGGGCAGGAUAUUAUGGAGAAGAUUAAUGAGAGAAAUCAAAGAAGGCGAAAUGGAGGGAAUUAUAACAAGGUCCAGUCUGAUGUAAGGAUUAUGUUAAAGACCUUUUCAAGGGAUCUCAACAACUUAAAACAAUCACUUUUACGAGCCUCAUCUUCUUAUCAUGUAACUGAGAGAGAAAUUGAUCGAAGACAGAGUAUGUUAGACCAGCUGAUUACCAAAGAGAAACAGAUGACUGCAGCCUUUCAACAAGAGGCUGGUCAGAGUGAUUAUGGAAGGUGGGAGAGGAGCUCGUUACUGGCAACUGAUCCUAGGGGGCGAGACACCAAUCCAUUUGAUGAACCUGAACCUGAUAGCAAUGUGUCAAUUGAUGAUAUGAGGAGACAACAACAACAAAUUAUUGCAGAACAAGACCAAGGAUUAGAAGCCUUGUCAGGAAUCAUUCAGAGGCAGAAAUUAAUGGGACAAGCUAUCUCUGAUGAAGUAGACUUACAAAAUGAAAUCAUUGAUGACAUUGAUGCCGGCAUGGAUCAAACCAACCAGCGCCUUAUCCGAGAGACAGCCCAUGUGCGGAGAGUGACGGCAAAAUCUUCAACUUGUGGAAUGCUGGUGGUUAUAGUCCUGCUAAUUAUUGCUAUUAUUGUUGUGGCAGUUGUUCCAACUCACUGAUUAUCUGUGUCUUUCCAAAUAAUUGAUGUUUAUUCAUUUGAAUUAAUUUGAAAAUGGAAAGAACCUUUCUUCCCUUGUCCACCCCCCCUUCCCCAAAAUUUCCCUCUUGGAUAAAGAGGAAGCGAUGCUAGGGUGGGGAGGGACAAUGAAAAGUAGGGUGGGAAAAAAUGCUUGAAAAUACACAAUGGUGGAGGGGAGGAGGGGAAUUUGUAAUGCGUUCCUACUUGCUUAUCACCUCACUUGAUUUUGAAUCAUACCACAGACAGGAAUGUAGAGUGCAAGAAUUGUGUAUAUGUAUUUUUACAAGUUAAUUAUAACGCAGUGAUCAACUUUGACAUUUUUCUAAGUUGAAAAAAUUGUGCAAAGGACAUAAUAUAAAAAUGAUUUACCGUCAGAAUUUAAAACGUAGAAGAAUGAUAGGAAACCACGUCUCUAAAAUUACUGUAAAUUACAAUCAAAGUGCUAUUAGAGAGACUCAGAACUGUAAAUGCAGUUAUGAAAUGCCCAGAACCUUGAACUUAGUAGUUCGCGCAGGGAAUCUACGGGGAAGACCAACAGAUUAUAAUGCUAUGAUACCUGGUCCACUCGCCAACAUGUGAACUCACGGACACACUUAGUCUACUCACCGAAACCUUUAGCCAACUCGCCGACAUCCACGGUCACUUCUCCAAACUACUUUACGGCGUCGACGAUAGUACUCACGAUGUUGCCGGCGAGUUGACCAGGUGUGUUCACGAGUUGACUUAUGGUGUCGGUUGAUUUGAGUGAUGGCGAAGUGACUAUUAACCAAUGUUGUAGCAGGAGAAGUGAAAGUCCCGUGAAACCGAAUACGGUUGGAGAUUUUGUUUUCGGAGAAGAGUUAUUCGUGAAAUUGAAUGUAAUUAGGAGACAAAUU